AUGAGUGAGCUGUCGUCUUCGAAGCAGCAAGUAGUGCUGAGUCAGGCGUCGGCAGGCUCAGGCUCCGAUUCGCGAAAGCCUUCGAAAGUCAAUGUGCAUGUAAAGGAAGGUGGAGACGCCAGUCGCCGAAAUACAAUUGACCUCCAAAUCGGGGAAGGACGUUCCAGAAAGAAUACAUUGGUCAAGGUGAACGGUGAAGUUGUCAGUGUGACUCACUCGGCGAGUAACGACGACAUGAGUAACUCGCCGAGGGUUCCUAGAAACCUAUCAGUUCGGACAAAGGAUCAACAAAAUGUAGAGGCAAAUGAUGAUGGUAAUGCUUCGAGAAGAGGGAUUGAUAACACUCAGACUUGGCCGUUUUUCAAUCCAUCAACUCGUUUUCGUCUCCUCAAAAUAAUUUUUGUUUUAAUGUGUCUUGUUGAUAUAAUGCAUUGGGCUUAUCUACUUCGAGACGAUACUAAUGAGAAUCCCAAUUCUUGGAGAUUUUACAAAAAGUUCAAAAGUUUUGAUCUCUAUUACCUUGUGGCUCGAAUGUUCGCUGAUAUUUUCACUUGUGUUCUCGGUUUGGGUGCUGCAAUGUGGACACGGAAACCUUUGUUAACACUUCCUUGCACCACAAUUCAAUUGCUCUUUUUGCUCAUUCGAGCCGCUGUUUGGUCAGUUAGAAGUUACAACAGACUUCUUGAAAAGCUUCAUGCUACCAAUGAAGAUAAGGUCUUCGUAAUCUGUGAAUUUGCACUCCCUGCUAUUUGGGCUCUUUUGUCCUUCUUAAUUGUUCACACAACUCGUCGUCUCCGAUGUUACGAACAAUUACACGGAUAUGCUCGUCCUCCGAUCAUCGUUCUCACCGUCAAAAAUGACGACAACGACGAAAGUGUUCAAAUUGAAAUUGCUUAACAUCUCUCGCAUAAUCAUUGAUGCAGAACGGGUUCUCUCUCCCGCACAUUUAGUUUGCUCCCUCCACGUUUUUCAGAAUUUGAUACUCAUUCGAUUUUCUGUUUGGUUAGUAACUUACUUUACUCCUACUUCACAGCUUCCAAUAAAAAUUAUUAUGAUUAUCA